ACUGGUUUUAUGGUCAUGGCCGUAAGUCCUAAUCAAGAAAUCGCUUCGAUACUCAAUGGUAUCAUAUCCACAUCAUGGAACGUCUUUUCAGGAUUUGCCAUUCCUCGCCCAAGAAUGCCGCUAUGGUUAAGAUGGUUCACUUACGUGUGUCCAGGGUGGUGGGGACUGUACGGAGCGACAAUAGCUCAAUACGGGGAUGUAGAGACUCAGCUCGAUACGGGUGAGAAGGUUGUUGAGUUCAUGAAAAAUUAUUAUGGUUACGAAUACAGUUUCUUGUGGGUUGUUUCACUUGCCCUCAUUGCUUUCUCUUUGUUUUUUGUAAUUAUUUAUGCUUUCUCUGUUAAGACUCUCAAUUUCCAGAAGAGAUGAGAAAA